AUGGCGCAGGCCGGCGAGGCGGUGACGCGCGCCCCGGCCGCCGGCGCCGCCAUGGACAGCAACGUGCUGGCCAUCGUCGUGGCUGCGACCGUGUCCACGUCCGUGUUCAUCGUGGCCAUUCUGGUCCUGCUGCUGCUCCUCUACCACCGGGACCCCCUGUGCUGCCAGUUCCUCUGCUCCUGCCGCUUCUUCCAGAGCCCCAGCCAGUAUGACUGUCCCCCUCCGUACUUCAGCAGCAGCCAGCGGCUGGUGGGACUCCAACAUGGAGCGUCGCGCCUGGAGAGUGCUGCCGAGAAUCCCGGCAUGCAGGGAGAUGAACUAUUCUGCGUCGGACCCCCAAGCAGCUACCAGCUGCCUGCCUGGGAAGAGCCUCGCUUGCCGAGCUACGAGAGUGUGCGGAAGAAGGAUCGCCAGCGGGAAAUCCAUCAGAUGAUCGCCGAGAGGUUUGGCCUGUGGGCAGACCCUUCCCAGGAGAUGCCACCUCCCUACGAGCAUGCUCUGAGGCAUCCUCCAGCUUUCUCAGGAACAGGAAUAAGCUCGGAGACCUUGGACAGACUGGGAAUGCCAGUGCCUUUCCAUGACCCUGUCUGCUACCAAACUCAAAGGAACACAGCAGUGGAACAGCUAAACCAGAGACUUUCACCCAGAUUUGCAACCAGGCGAGAAACGCACAGGCAAGUUGGACCCAGCCAGUGGAGACUUCCAUCCUGCAGCACAGGGAUAAAGGCAGAGCCACCACCAAAUAUUCCUGUUUGUCCAGAAUAACCAGGCAUGGCUCUUCUCUGGCAGAUGUGCUGUUACCAGAGCUACUUUGUUCUACACAGGCAGUAAAGGCAAAGGUCUGCUCGGCCAGAGCCUGUUCAGGCAGCUGAGUGCAACGCACCUCCAUGAGGCUGUGCAAGUAUUGUCAAGCACACCAAGUAUUAGACCUGAGAAGGUGGUCACCUUCUACUACUUCACUUAUUUCUUAGGUUAUAAAAUGGUUUUCUGUAUCAGGUGGGAAUCUUGACCCAAGAGUAAUGGAAUGAAUCUGCAUCAGAGCAUCGCUCUGGGCUCUCAGAGCCACGUUCCUCUGGAAGCUGGAGCAAUUUUGUGUGAACUUAAGAUUCAGGUGUCCAAGAGAUUCCAGACUGAAGAUCCAGGAGCUUGUGUUACUUGUGGUUUUGUAUGCAGAGACAAACAGGAUGAACUGUGUGACUGGACAAACAGCUGAGAAAGGAGGGAAGCAUACAGGGAAUAACUGGUGGUCUCUGAGAAGGACAAAAAGGACUGUGGAAAUAUGUGGUUCACCCAGGUUACUUGAUCUUUCUUUGCAGAGCAGCCAAUCUAGCAAUGUCAACACUGGUGUUGUUACACCACCAAUUUUGAUACCAUUUUUUACUGCAAAACAAAUGUUUUACAAAUUGUUUACAAAGCUGUAGAUAAAGUGAGAUGAGUUUGGCCACCAGGCAUUUGGGCUCCUGUCUCUCACAGCAACAUAAGCAACCAUGAAAUGACUCAGAAAAAAAAAAAUAAAAGGAUAGCCUGGA